AUGGCAUUCGAAACCCUCCAUUACAUGAAAAACCACCAACAUGGAAAAUCGGGCUUUAUGGUGCUCAAGUUGGAUAUGAGCAAGGCUUACGACCGCAUGGAAUGGGUUUUUCUUGAGGGAUUGAUGAAGAAAAUGGGCUUUGAUGUAAGGUGGAUUGCCCUUAUCAUGGAAUGCAUCACUACAGUCAGCUAUUCCAUCCUAGUCAAUGGCGAUCCCUCGGACAUUAUUCAUCCUUCUCGUGGUCUUAGGCAAGGAGACCUACUGUCUCCUUACCUUUUUCUUAUAUGCUCAGAAGGGCUUCACGGUUUAUUAAAUAAAGAAGCAGAGGAGGGUCAUAUCCGAGGGGUUUCCAUUUGUAAGAAGGGCUCGAGAUUAACACACCUAUUUUUUGAGGACGAUAGCCUGGUUUUCUGCAGAGCCACUAUCGCUGAGUGCCAGAACGUCCAAAACUUACUGAAUGUCUAUGAGAAAGCCUCGGGGCAGCAGCUCAACCGAAACAAAACUGGCCUUUUUUUCAGCAAGUCCACCCCUCCAAAUAUUCUCAACCAAAUCAAGGAACUCUUGGGAGUUCAAGAGGUCAAAAACCAUGAGAAAUAUCUCGGCCUCCCAUCCUUAGUUGGAAAACACAAAAAAGCAAGCUUGAUGUUCAUUAAAGAGAAGAUCUUAGCUAAGCUCCAAGGCUGGAAGGAGCAGUUGCUAUCCCAAGCGGGGCGAGAAAUUCUCCUCAAGGCUGUCAUCCAGGCAAUUCCAACCUUUGCGAUGAGUUGCUUCAAAAUCCCAAUUACCCUUUGUGAGGAGAUUAAGUCCUUGAUUAGAAAAUUUUGGUGGGGGCAGCGGGGGAAUCAAAGGAAAAUUCACUGGACUAAAUGGAGUGCACUUUGUAAGCCAAAAGACCUUGGAGGUAUGGGAUUCAAAGAACUUCAAAAAUUCAAUGAAGCUAUGCUUACUAAGCAGGUCUGGCGGCUGCUGGCCAACAAUGACUCUCUUUUUCACCGGUUUUUCAAAGCGAAGUUCUUCCUAAAUGGUUCCAUUCUUGAUGCCAAAGAAGGUAACGGUUCAUUUGCUUGGAAAAGUAUCUUGAAGGGCAGGGAUGUGAUUAAAAAAGGCCUUCAAUGGAGAGUGGGCAACGGUGACUCUAUUCAUAUUUUCCAUGAUGUCUGGCUUCCAACCCCUCGGCCCCAAAGGUAA